UUGUCUCGUGUGUCCGUUUGACAGUGCUGAUGUGCGCGCGGGGCUCGAACGCGAACCAGCUCACGACCACCAUGCCCGACGCCAGACUUCUUAUAUAUGUAUAUAUAUAUCCCCGCGAUGAAUUCUGACAACGACACUAGAAGCGCCGAAAAUGACAUCUUUUCGACUGGCACCUACAAACUUCUCGCCUUCGCCAUCGGAACCAUCGGAGUGUUUGGCGUGUGCAACAACGUUGUUGUCAUCGUACUUUACUGCAGAUUCAAGCGGCUCAGAACGCCGACCAAUUUGCUGCUGGUCAAUAUAAGUUUGAGCGACUUGCUGGUUUCGGUCAUCGGAAUAAACUUUACAUUUGUUUCGUGCGUCAAAGGCGAGUGGAUCUGGAGCCACAUAACGUGCGUUUGGGAUGGCUUCACUAACAGCUUAUUCGGCAUCAUUUCCAUCAUGACUUUGGCAGCCUUGGCCUAUGAGCGCUACAUCCGGGUGGUCCACGCCCAGGUGGUGGAUUUCCACUGGGCAUGGCGGGCCAUCGCCCACAUCUGGGUGUACUCCCUGGUUUGGACCGGUGCUCCUCUCCUAGGCUGGAACCGCUACACACUGGAGAUCCACCAGCUGGGAUGCUCCUUGGACUGGGCAUCGAAGGACGCAAACGAUGCUUCAUUUAUCCUCCUCUUCCUCCUGGCUUGUUUCUUCGUACCUGUGGGGAUCAUGAUCUACUGUUAUGGGAAUAUCCUCUACACUGUGAAAAUGCUGCGCUCCCUCCAGGAUCUCCAAACAGUCCAGAUAAUCAAGAUCUUGCGAUACGAGAAAAAGGUAGCUGCAAUGUUUCUUCUUAUGAUCUCCUGCUUCCUGGUGUGCUGGACACCAUACGCUGUCGUGUCCAUGAUGGAGGCCUUUGGCAGGAGGAGCAUGGUUUCGCCUACUUUGGCCAUCAUCCCUUCAUUCUUUGCCAAGUCCAGCACAGCCUACAACCCCCUCAUCUAUGUACUCAUGAGCAGAAAGUUCCGACACUGUUUGCUGCAGCUGCUGUGUUCGAGGUUGUCUUGGCUCCAGCGCAGUUUCAAAGAACGCCCCCUGGCUCCGGCCCAGGGUCCCAUCCGACCCAUUGUGGUCUCCAACUCAUGCGGCAGCAGAAACAGACCCAAAAAGAGAGUGACCUUCAACACGUCCUCCAUCGUCUUCAUCAUUACCAGUGAUGACUUGCACCGCUUCGACGUGACUUCCAAGACUGCAGAGUCGUCCGUUAAUGUCAUUCAAGUGAAGCCACUGUGAUCCCCAGAGAAUGAACUGCCUCAGGACCCGGCUUACAAUUCAAAGCCAAAAUCCAAAACGAUUUUUAAAAACCUGCACAAAACAGUGAGUGUGUAUAUCUUCCGUUGUGGCUGAAGUUUAGAACCUCUGCAAUGCACUUAUCCCUGACAGAGUUCAUUCUAAAGGCAUUUUGUGCAAGUAUGAUAUUCUCAUCAAAACGUGACAUAUUUGAUGUAGUUAACACCUUUGUCAACUUCCUCAUGCGAUAGAUGUGCUUAGGACUUUGUGGAGUAGUAGUAUGGAUUUAUGUGUACCGCAUUGGUUAAUAAGAAAACAAGCCUUAGCUCACCUGCCAUACUUAAGGACACUGAUAUUAGUGUGUGUAUUGAUUCAAUAAAGAUAUCCUAUUUUAGA